CGAGUCUGUAGCAGAAUUAGAAGGCAUACUAGGCACUGAAGUCACAAACGGACGAUGUCAUCAACGCAGUGCUAAUUACACAAACAUGCCAGGCGUGUUCUAAGCAACUUUUAAUUUUCGUUAGCUCACCACUGCACUCAACAACUACAAAGAGAUUUAGGUUCUACGGUUCCAACUACUCUAAGCACUGAAACUGGGUCAACGAGUUAUUUAGCGUAAUCAUAUUGGCCGCUUUAGUUUGCCAGGCAAUAGCCAUGGCAGCGUUUUAUUGGGAUUUUCGAGGUUAGAACUAUUUUGGCUGCCACACGAUUUAGUAGCGUACGGAAAUUAAUAUCGAGAAGAACUGCCACAGCGUGCCAACUCAAAAUUAGCUGCGUUAAAUGUAUCUACAAAUUUAUUUACUUCUUCUUGGAUUCUUGACCGCAAUGCAACCACAUCGUUGCCAAUUAAAUUCCAUCGCGGAGCGACAAAAACGCUGGAUACCAGCUCUAAUUUUUCCAGAAACAAGUCCAACGCGUAUACAGUGGAUUGUGGGCAUUGGCAUACCUUUGGAGGAUUUACUCUACGAAGCAAUGACGACCGGCUAUGUUUUGAAGGCUGAGUACUUUUUACCGUACACGGCACAGCAGCUCUUCACCAUUACCAGAAUGCCAUUUACGGCACGUCAAAUGCAGCCAAAGAAAUUGACAAAAUUUGAGCGCUUCUUAGCGAAAGCGGAUGAAUGGAAACGUUAUGCCACUUGGGAGCGACACCUGGCUGAUAAUCGCAAAGUGUUGUCCAGCUAUAGAUGGGCCAUUUAUAAAGCGCUUGAAGGCUUGGCGGAGCGUAUUGCACCAUCGGGACGCGCUUGUGUAUUGAAAAGCAUCUGUGAGGCUGCCGAGACGCCGUUCCAUUACCAUAACGGGCUGUUUGGAGAAUUGCUCUAUAUACUCCUGACUCCCUCGUCUUCAGUAGAUGAAUUAUCGGUACAUGCGGAUAAUGCCUAUUUUUAUGCUGAAUCGAUGGGUCGUUCUGGUGCGGAUUGCAGUUUGGUUUUUAAGGAAUGUAAAAAGUCUUUGCUGGAACAUUUUUCCAAUGUGAACACUUUUAAAGAUAUGGUGGCAAAACAGUUUGGUUGA